GCCAGGCCCAGCAAUCUCCUGGAUUCCCCAGGCUGGAAUCUGGGGCAGAGACGGGACCUCUCCUGUUUCCAGGCAGCAGGGCUGGCAGUGGCUCUGGGCUCUGCAGGACCAUGGGAACAGAGGGCCGUGCCGCCCACCCUGCCCAUCCAGAGGUGCCUUCGGUCGCACCUGGCCCCAGGCAGCCUCUCAGCUCAGCUUCACAGGGCGCAGGGACGGGGCAGGGGGCAGGCAGGAGCCAGGCUCAGCCGCACUGAACAGCCUUCAGGGAGAAGUCAGUCUCCCCACCCAGGCCUGGGCCGGGCACGUCCAGAAAGUCAAUCGGACUAACAGACCCCAGCAAAGGUGCGGCCCAGACGCCUGCACUCGGAAACAGUGACCGUCCUGACUGAGUCCCAUGGCCAGGUGAGUGUCUAGACCAGCCCAACCCAGCAGCUGAGGACUCGCCAUCCCAUGUGCCCCUGCUGGCCUCUUACGACUCUCCCGGUGGCUCUCCUGGCUCAGGUCCCACCAGGAGCCAACACCCACCAUGGGCUCAGCCUGGAGCAAUGACACAUGCCCAGGGGUUUGCCCUGUGGCGGGACAUCAGGGAGUCCCUGGGCUCUGAGAGGCCCCAGCAGGGGUGUCCAGGGCAGUGACCCACAGGAACAUACUUAGUCUCUCCUGGUGCUGACGGGGGUGACCCCCAAUAAGCACUUACACCCCUCAGUUCUAGGGUCUGCUCUGGAGAGCAGACAGUGGGGAGGGGACAGAGGAACGUCAUUGCCAGCUGCCCUCCCUCAGCCCCCUCCCAGACCAGGUGCUGACCACACAGACACGCCUCCUGCCCCCGUGCUGGCCCAGCUGUGCUGACGGCCACAGGCUUUGUCAGCUUGGGCUGGCCACCACCUUGGUCCCCAAAGGAGCCCUGCAAGGGGGUGCUUCCCCCACAACUGUGCUUGUCCAUCCUGACUUGGGCAGCAAUGAUCUGCCAUCAGACAUCAGACACCACCCCUGCCCCCACCCCCAGAUCCCUGGGAGGACGCCUGGGGAGGGCUUUGUGCCAGCUCCAUCCCCCUUGUUCUGAGAGACACUUCCCACCCUGUGGGGGGGAGCGGAACCUGCGGCCCCCACCACUGCCCUUACUGCGGCCCCUGCUGGGCCCGUGACCUGCUGUGGCUGCAGAGCACAUGUGACCUGGCUCGGCCCCUUCCAGAAAGCAGCGGCCGCUGGACACUCCCCCACCCGGGGCAUCUGGUGGCAGACUGUGCCUGCCUCACUGUACCCGGGAGGGCCCAGGGUUCAGGAGCCAGAGCUGGGCCGGCUGGACGUGUUCCGGGACUGGCCAUCCAGGGCCGAUCUCUGCCUCAGACCUGGUUAGAGCUGCUGUUGCCUCCAUGGGGCCCGGAGACAGGGCCAAGGGCUUGUGCUGCGGCCCAGAGCCGAGCCACUGGGCAGCCGGGGACGGCCCCACGCAGGAAAACUGUAGACCCCACUGUCUGUGCGGCCAUGACCCGGGUCUCGGCCCCUGGGGAGCCCGGGACCACGUGGACGGGCAGAUCCUGGGCCAGCUGCACCCCCUGGCCGAGGAGGAAGAGGCGGAGGGGGCCAGGGCCCCCUUGCCGGAGGGGUCUGCCUUCCCCGGCAUGGGCUCUGAGGAGGUGCGGCUGGCCUCCUUCUACGACUGGCCACCGACCGCUGGCGUAGGGCCCGAGCUGCUGGCCGCUGCUGGCUUCUUCUACACGGGCCAGCAGGACAAGGUGAGGUGCUUCUGCUGCUGCGGAGGUCUGCAGAGCUGGAAGCAAGGGGACGACCCCUGGACCGAGCACGCCAAGUGGUUCCCCAGGUGUCCAUUCCUGCUCCGGUCAAAGGGAAGAGACUUUGUGCACAGCGUCCGGGAGGCUUGUCCCCGGCUGCGGGGCUCCUGGGACCCAUGGGAAGAGCCGGAAGACCCCGCCCUCACCAUCCCCCCAGCUCCUGUCCACGGGCAGCCUGAGCAGCUCACGCCCAGAAGAGAGGCCCAGACUGAGGGUGCCCGGGAGCCAGAGGAACCAGCGGAGCCCAGGCCAGGUGUGCGGUGGGCUCCUGAGCCGCGAGGAGCCGGGGCCAUGGAGGAGCAGCUGCGGCAGCUGCAGCAGGAGAGGACCUGCAAGGUGUGUCUGGACCGGGCCGUGUCUGUGGUCUUCGUGCCGUGUGGCCACCUGGCGUGUGCGGAGUGCGCCCCCAGCCUGCAGCUGUGUCCCAUCUGCCGGGCCCCCGUCCACAGCCGCGUGCGCACCUUCCUGUCCUAGGACAGGCGCUGCAGCCAGACCCAGACGGGCCGCUGGGGGCCCCCCUGCCCCUCUCAGCCCGUGCAGACUACGAGGCUCUGCUGAGGACAGAGGAGCU